AUGGGGGUCAACUCCUUUCACGCUCGGUCUGGGUCCACGGCGCAACUGGACACCGGGGAUAUGCACGUUUGCCACAUUUGCCUGAAGCAGUUCAGUCGAAGAGACUUGCGAGAGCGACACAGGAGACGGUGUGAGAAGUCGAUUGGCAAAAUCAUCCCCACCAAGAAGCGAUCAUGCGAGAGAUGCAUCUCGUUCAAGGUCAAGUGCGACUAUGAAAAGCCCUCAUGCACCAGAUGCUUGAACCGCUCAGUGGCCUGCGAAUACAAGCUGGAGCCUCGCGUCAAGGUGCCGCUCAACCCAGCCUUCAGCUUGGGCCCCAACUCGGCCUUUUCGGGAUCCCUCGACGUCUUUUCCACGCACAACGCCCGCCAGAGUGCACAUUUUGCCUGCGCCCCCCACCAGCCCGCAGCCUCGACGGCAGCGUCGUCAUCGUUAUCGUCGUCUUCCUCGUCGUCGACAUCCUCCUCCUCCCGCUCCACCCUCACCGCGCCGGACAUGGUGUUUGACCUGCCAUGUCCCACCGCUUCGUCGGGCGACGCGGCGGCUCUGGACCUAGCCGGCCAGAGGUACUACGCGGCGCCCUCGACAGGCGACUACUACCAGCACUGGGCACACGACGGCAGCAGCAGCAGCAGCGGUGGCGGCGGCGGCGGCGGCGGCGGCGGCGGCGGCAACGGGCAGGGCUCGCAGUGGGACGCGACGACGGUGUGGUCGGACGGGUCGUCGAGCCUCCUCGACCCUGUCAUGCUAGACGACCCCAUGAUGGAUUCCAACUGGGCCGCGGCCGCAAACAUGCCGGACCUGACCAUGUGCAUGGACACGUACGAUCAGGGCUGCGUGUUUUACGCCCCAGACUUUCAGCAGCCCUCGCAGGGGCGCUCGAGUAAGCGUUCGGGAAAGUCGGCCUCGCUGUCAUAUUGA